CCGGCAUGCCCCGCUGCAGCGCCGUCCCGCGGUGAAGAGGUGAAACUGCAGCCUCUGACCCACAUGUGGCCGGACGGCUUUAAAUCUACAGCUAAUACACGCGCGAGCGCUCAUGAAAGUGCACGAAAAGUGCGUGUUUUUGCGCUGAGGAGCGUAACGUGUGUUUUUAUAUGACCUGAGGCCUGUGGCGGGAAGCGCGCGGAGUGAAUCUGGGCUCAGAGCAGCUGUGACCCGGGGCCAAAGAUGCGAGAGGGGCCAGGAAAGGAUGGACAGAGUUCGGAGGAUGAGGCAGCCCAGCGCUGUCCUAUCUGUCUGAACCGACCCAGACGAGCAGAUAGAGCGGUACCAGACUGCUGCACACAUGUCUAUUGCUCUGCCUGUAUUCUCCGCUGGGCGCAGAUGGUCCAGUCCUGCCCAGUGGACCGCAGACCCUUCAGUGUGAUCUACCUGCAGGGCUUCUCGCAGUUGUGCAUUAAGCUUCCUGUGAAAGUGUCCAAGCUGUCAGAGCCGCACAUGUGCAGUGGUCAGGACGCUCAGAGGAUGUGUCAUGUCUGUGUGGACAAGACAGAAGAAACCAAGAGAAUGCAAGAGAAAAGAGUUGAUGGCAAACAGAAACGCCACAUUCGAAAAUGUGACUCUGACAAAUUUGUGCAUAAAAACAGAAAGAUGAGCGGAGACUCCUGCCGCGCUCUUCUGCGCUCUCAGCAUGUUCACUCAUCACUGCCCAGCCGGCAGGGGGCGUCGGUCGGUACUGUGACUCAUAUCAUAACUGAAUCUGUUGAGGUUUGUGAGGAGUUGCCGGAUGAUGUCCAGUGGAGCAGAUUAGAGAGGAAACCCCGGUGGUUACCUGCCUUUUCACCUGCCAUCUCUACAGGUUUUCCAAGGGUGUCCCUGCAUUCACACCUGCUCCUGUCAGCUGCCUCUGCAUCUCUUAAUCUUCUGCUCUCAGAACACUCAGUUCCUUAUGGCAGAGUUUGUGCCGUCACAUGUCCCAAAGGUGAGGAGAGAAAGGGAACCAGAGGUUCAAAGAGCUCGGCAAAGCCAACACAAGCUGUUGCGACAAGACGCUCCUCUCGGCACACUCGCACCGAGUCUGAGGAUACUGCAGGCGAACAGUCCCAGGCCACAGAUUCAGAUGCGUCCUCUUCCACCAACCAUUCAACUACACCACAAACGGCAAACAAUACACAUGCGUCUACAAGCAGAGACCCGCAAGAGAACAAUCAGAGGACAAAAACAAAAGGUCGUGCAAAGAAAACCUCUCUGGUGGAAAGACAUGAGGAGGAGGAGGAACAGGAAGCAGAGCCUGAGAAUCAUGAGGAGGAAGCAGUAUCAAAGAAAGAAGAAUCAGAGGAAACCGAAGGAGACCAGGAACAAAAAGAAGCUCAGAGAUCUCAUCAGGCCAACAGUGACCCCCAACCAACAGAUCCAGAGCAGAAGAUGGAGGAGGAGAAUGAGAAGAGUUGUGGUGAGAAUGAGAAGAGUUGUGGUGAGAAUGAGAAGAGUUGUGGUGAGAAUGAGAAGAGUUGUGAUGAGAAUGAGAAGAGUUGUGAUGAGAAUGAGAAGAGUUGUGAUGAGAAUGAGAACAGUUGUGAUGAGAAUGAACAAAUUUCCCCUGAUGUUAAUCAACAUGAAGAAGAAACAAACACAGUUGAGGAAGAGGUCAGUAUGAAUACUGAUGAACAUGAAGACAAUCAGACACUUUCACAAGGUGACAUGUUGGAAAACAAACCAAUAGUGGAAAAAUGUGAUGAAAACCAAGAAGAACCGUUGAAUGUUUCCCCAGUAAAGGAAGACGGUGUACUUCUUUCCUGUGUGGAGCCUGAGUCUGCUUCUCAAAAUGAUGAAUCUGUCAGUGUGGAACCAACAGCUGAGCUUUCAGCAGACACUUCAAACAUCAUCACUGAUCUCAAACACGAGUCUGACAUCACAACAGAGAAUACUGAUGCAGAUCUCAAGCAGGAGUCCUCCAGUCUUCCACCUGUCGAGGAUCAGAGCACCUAUCCGUCAGAUCAACUGCUCCCAUUGGUUACACAAGAGAAUGCCACCUCGGAGUGUUUGGACACCAAGGCAAGAAGCCCUCAAGACAACACUGACCUCAUUCCCAUGGAGUGUGAUUCACCUCCGUCUGAGAAUGAAGUCAAUGCUGCAGCUGAGAAAGAUGCUAACGUGCCUCAAAUUCCCAGUCAAGACCCUACACCUGACCCCAAAACUGAUUCCUGUAAAGACCUAAAAGACUUAGACAAAAAGGAGGGACGAGCACGCAGGUCUCGAUUUCACUCACCUACGACCACCUGGUCUCCCAGCAGAGAGUCUAGAAAUGAAGGGUCACGCAGGUCAAGAUCUCGAUCGCGAGACCGAAGCAGCACGACCCGAUCCACGUCAAGUAGCCGCGAGCAACAUGAAGAUAAGCAAGACUGUAAGCGCAACCGCAGUCGUAGCAGAGAACGCAGUCGUAGUAAAGAGCGGAGUCAUAGGCGACGCAGCCGUUCAAGAUCCAGAACCAGAAACCAGGCCAACUGCAGGAGCCCAUCUCAGGAGCACGUGGACCACACUGGCCACUCCCCUCACAAGAGAGAAUCAUGGGGUGGGGACGGAUGGCGGAGCAGAGGAGGUGGGAAAGGUUUUCGCAAUUCCAACUGGUGGAACGAUUCAGAGAAGCCCAGUCAUUUCUCAGCGAGAGCGCCUAUCUCUUCUAACAACGGCAACUUCAAUGAGGCGUCGCCGGACCGGGGCAGGAGUGAGAACCCAGACUGGGUGAGGGAGAGGGAGAUGACUUAUGCGGAAGCUGAUACAAGAGGGCGUGAGCCGAGACGAGAAGAAAACACGAGCGAUCCUCCUGCAGAGUCCUGGUCACGAGGUGGCUGGAACAUGGAUCAGGGGCAGCGUUCUGCCGGGCGUGGCAGAGGUGCACACUGGUCUUCCAGCCAGCAGGGAGAUCCGGCAGAUAAUUGGAGGCAACGUAAUUCUUUCUCAGGGACAUCUAAUAACAUAGAUUCAUACAAUCGCUUUAAUGAGAACCGAGCUGGAGUAAAGAGAAAAGAGCCUGAGGGCUCUGACAUGCCAAUGGAUCGUUCAGGGUGGUCUUCAGCAUCGAGCUGGGCCGUGCGUCGAACUCUUCCUGCUGAUGUGCAGAGCUACUACUCACGCAGGGACAGAGGAGGUGCCGGCAACGUCUGGAACAGACAAGAGGAGGAGCAAAGUGCAUCAGGCCCCUCGAAACAAGAUCCCCCUCAGAAUCAGACAAACACCCCCCUGCAAACUGAGGCUGUGCCCCAACCCCUGCCCACCCUGAUGCCCCCUCAGCUUGGCAUGCUGGGGGUCUUACGUUACCCCAUGCCAUCUCUGGUACCCAGACCUCCAGUUCCCGGCCUGCAGCCUGCUCAGUUCAGCAUGCCACCUCCCGUCCCAGUUCAUCUGCACCCGACAGGACCUCUGCACCCGGCCGGACCUCUCCUUCAGGUCCAGUCCAUCGCUGUGCAGGGUCUGCCACCACCACCCCCACCACCUCCACCUGUGCAGCAGGGGGGAUUCACUACUGUGCCCGCUGAAAGCCACACAUCUCAGCAGGUGAUGCCUAAUUUCUCAGUCCCGGGCAAAGCUUCCUUCAAACCUAUGCCAACAAAAGCAGGUACAGCCGUGCCUCAACCGGCAGGGACCCUCAGUGUGGCUCAGCCAUCCUCCACCACCCCCCAGCCUUCAUCUCACAGCAAAGCCCAUGCUGACAGUUCAAAGAAAGAGAAGAAGUUGCAGAUUCAGGAGCGCGCCAUCAAUGAGGUCAAAGCCGCAAUUAAGCCAUAUUAUCAAAAGAAUGAAAUUACCAAGGAGGAAUAUAAGGAGAUUGUACGCAAAGCGGUGGAAAAGGUGUGUCACAGCAAGAGUGGAGAGGUGAAUGCAGAUAAGGUGUCCAACCUGGUGAAGGCGUACGUGGACAAAUACAAACGCAUUCGCAAAAACAAAUCCGAGUAAAGCUGAGACUCACUGCUCUGCGGAAUGCACAAGUGCAAUUUCAGGUGUCACUGACUGGAGCUCUUAACAUAUUUACAUAACCAGAAUGAAGAUUUUUCUAGAGAUUACAUAUUUUGUUUAAUUUGGAUUUGAUAUAGUGCAAAUGCCCUUUAUUGGAUUGUGUCUCAUGGGUGUGUGGGGGGUCUGUAAAAUGGGGAGGGUUAAGGGUUUGUAAUGGUGUUCAUUUAAUUUCAAUUUGCCUUUAAGUUUAAAGUAGCAAAGAGAACGAGUAAUCAAAGCAAAUGAUUUAAGUGGUACUACUGGAUCUGCCCUCUCUCUCUCUCUCUCUCUCUCUCUCUCUCUCUCUCUCUCUCUCUCUCUCUCUCUCUCUCUCUCUCUCUCUCUCUCUCUCUC